UCAGACUUUCUAUUUGUUGCAUGUGUGUGUGUGUCUCUUUGAAACAAGGACGGGGGAAUGUAUGGAAAGAAAGGCUCAUACAGAAAGAGAGAGAGAAGACAGAUCCAUCUCAAAAUGAACAAGGAGAGCAAGUGAAUAUCACUCUUCUACCGAUCCCUUGUUCUUCUAUGGACAGAGGAAGAGAGCAUUUCUGCAGAGAGCAGAUUCUUGGUGGUGGUGACAGCUGUUUGGCUCGGCUUCACGUUUAACAUCAUCCCUAAAGAGAGUUGACAGCGUCUUGUGGCCAUCUACUCAGCUGCGCAUUGCAAAAGCCAAUCAUCUACAGGAUGCACACUCCUGCAUCCAUGCUGAUGGGGGUGGUGUUUGCACCCUUGGGCCUUGUGCUGGUAUUCACUGCAGCAAUCACUCCUCAAUGGAGAGAAGGACAGGCGCGGUUGGGCGCGGCAGGACGGGGUGGAGCCACAGAGCUCCUCCUACUCCGUUCAGAUGGCCUAUGGGAGAGUUGCCUGCAGGUGGUGCACUCUGAGCUGAAAGAGUGCUGGCCAGUGUCGGGCUCCUACCAGCGAGAUGCUCGGGUUCGAUUGGUUCAGGGCAUGGUGCUGUCAUCUCUUUUCCUGUGCGGCGCCGGGAUUGUGCUCGCGAGCGUGGGCGUUCGCUGUUGGACUGAUAUCCCUCUUAGGAGUGUAGCAGCAGCUGGUGGCCUGUUGGUGGCGCUAGCGGGUGUGCUCAGUUUGGCUGCAUUAGGGGUGUACACUCGCCACCUCUCAAAGCUAGGGAUCGAGGUGGAUUCAACCGUAUCUGAGUUGCAGGGGCUCAACAUACACAAACCACCUCGACUAACGCUACACCCGGCCGGGUCACUCUACUUUGGUUGGGUGGGUGCUUGGAUACAAGUGCUGGGAGGGGCUGCACUGCUAUUUGGGUUCAAAAGUGUGCAGUGUCCGUCCUGUCCCAAACAGAGACUCAAAGACAGUGCCGAGAUGUAUGAGGUGAACUGUUAGAUUGUCAACUCUAACGGGACAUUUCGAAGAGCUCAUCCCUUAAAGGUGCACCCAGUAAUUUUUUCCUCAUUUAAAAAGUUUUAAUUCUAAAUAAAUGAAUAGUAAUUUUGAAAAAUAUGUAUAAAAUCAAGACCACUCAUGUGAGAUGAAGAGUUCAGUCAUAUCAGUAACCUUAUAAAAGCUCUUUUAUUCUACAUGGAGCAGGGGCGACUCAUGGUGGCAGCCAUGUUAUGUAGCUAAAAACAUUUGCAUGAUGCAGCAUCCAGGUCACUAGGUGUCAUUGUAAGCCAUACUUCGACAUACUUAAAUUACUGAGUGCACCUUUAAAGUAAUGUUCGAGUUAAGCUCAGUUAACAGCAUUUUUGGCAUAAUUUUGAUUUCUACAAAAAAUAAUUUAGACUAGUCCCUCGUUUAUUUAAAAAAGAGAGAGCAAAAAUGCGGUUAUAGUAAGGCACUUAAAAUGGACGUGAAUGAGACAGUGCAUGAACACUAAAAUACACACUCUUUCAAAAGUAUAUGUAUAUACAUGAGGAUCAAUUCAAAAUAUGUUUUUUGUGGUAAUCAACAUUAUGCCACAAGUACUGUUGACAGAGCUUAAUUUGUAUUGAAUCCGGAACGUUCCUUUAAAAAAUAGCAAAUGGGCUUUUGUUUAUGUAACAGCCAUGAACCAUGAUUUGCGACUUGCUAGUCAGUUGCAGAUGGAAUUUGGGGGAGGGACAUUCUCAUUCUAGAGAGCAUUUUAUUGGACAAAAAUCUGUGUAGUGCAAGAUGAGUCAUUAAUAUUUUUGGAACGUUACCUCUAAAAAAAACAGAUUGUGACUUUUCAAUGUAUAUAACUGCUAAAUGUUAAUUUGGUCAACUUUUAGGAGUACACUACAAUAUAGAAGUCUUCAAAGCUAAAAGCCACAACACUUUUGUGGGCUUUUCUGGUUCUAGUAUGUGGUGUCUUUAUCUAUUAUAACAUAGCUCAGAAUGUACUGUUCACCAUGACAGUACUGUUUAUCAAUCAUUUCAAAGCUGUAAUAAAAUGAAGGUUUUUGGCUUUUCCUGCUAGUAGUUGAGACAUUGCCAUCUGUGAUGUCACUUAAGGCUAAUGGCUGAUAAACAUCUUUAAAUUGGGACAUAAACCAGCAGAAUUUAUUUAUCUGUGAUAUAAUGAUCUGUAAUUAACAAUUGUACUUGAUUACAUUGUAAAUAUGUGUAAUUACUGGCUAUGGUCUGUUUAUCUCAAACUAUCUAUUGGCUACAUGUCAUGCUAACAAAUAAUUUUACGCUAAAUUGCUUGUUUGGGUAAAUAUGCAGCUGCUUAGGAAACACCUGUACAUUCCUACACGAACAUUACAAUAAGC